AUGAUGAGGCUGUUGCUGGUCCUGUUGUUGAUCUCAAGCGUGCAAGCUGAUUGGUGGGAUUCCUUCACGGAUACGGUGGCUGAAGGAUUUGUUAACAUCGCAAAAUGGGUGAAAGAAAAAGCCAGCCCCACAAUCAGAGAAAAAUUCGACAGUGCAAAAGCUACACUUCAAGAUCCUGAAACCCAUAAAAGCAUACGCGAAUGGAUUUCUGAGAAAGCUGAGAAAGCGUCGGAGUUCGCGAACCAAGAAAUUAUUCCUGAACUGCAAAAAAUCUACAAGGCAGCUACGGCAGACGACGGCAAGUCCACAACUCCGCGAUCCGUCGAACUUCCGGACGAUUAA